GGAGGUCUUGGUGAGGGGGGCUGAAGCAGGAGCUUGUUUCAGUUUGCUGUAAUCGCUCAUCCAGGAGCCUGUUGCACUCAGGGACAUUUGGAUUUCCUUUUUUUUUUAGCCUGGAUGUUGUAGCUUGGGGUUGGGCUUUCCUGGACUUCCUCGUCUGCUGUGCAGCAACUGUUUUUGAGGACGCUGCAUGUCUGAUAUACAGACAUGGGCACCUCAAUUUGUUCUAGGAUUACAAUAUGCUUGGCCCUCACCUUGGCUCAGGUGAUUGCUGUGACCUGUCAAGAAGACACAAAGAACGACACCUGCACAGAAAAUGGGAAAGUCUACGCCAAUACAGACAUGUGGAACCCGGAGCCAUGUCGGGUGUGCGUGUGCGACAAGGGGAGCAUAAUAUGUGAGGACGUGGUGUGUGAGGACAUUGGUGGUUGCCUGAAAACGGUGAUCCCAGAUGGCGAAUGUUGUCCUGUGUGCCUGACUGUGGCUUCGACGUUUACACCCAGCACCGACCCUGCAACAAAUCAUUUGGGAUCAGAAAGCUGCACGGUCGAAGGGGAGGUCUACCAUCACAAUGAGAUCUGGAAACCUGCGCCUUGCCGCGUGUGCGUCUGUGACAACGGCGUCUCCGUCUGUGACGAUGUUCAGUGCGAAGCGUUGGCAAACUGCGAAAAGGUCAUCACACCUGAGGGCGAAUGUUGCCCUGUGUGUGACAGCUUUGCAAGCGCCGGCAGGAUGAUAGAAAUUAUGGGCUUCAAGGGACAGAAAGGGGAACCAGGUGAUAUACCGUAUGUUGUGGGAAACCCGGGACUACCAGGACCAACGGGCCCUCCAGGACCUCAGGGAAGAACGGGACCAAGAGGCUUCAAAGGCAGACGAGGAUUCACCGGACCGCCAGGAUUUGAUGGUGAGCCCGGUGUGCCGGGAAAUCCUGGAAAACCUGGACCCCCUGGGGAACCCUCUCAUCCUGGGGGAAAUUUGGUGUCACAAAUGGGUUCGGGCUUUAGUGAAAAGUCAGGUUUUGCUCCGAUGGUGACAGCGUCGAGGGGUGAAGCAGGACCACGAGGACUUCCUGGACCAACUGGGCCUCCAGGUGCAACCGGUGGUCAGGGAAUUCCUGGAGAAGCCGGAGAUCCAGGACCAAUGGGGGAACCAGGUCAUCGGGGACCUGAUGGACCACCAGGGAAACCAGGACCUGAUGGAGAAGCUGGGCCUGACGGUGCAACGGGAGAACCAGGAUUUCCAGGAUCACCAGGUGCAAGAGGAUUCCCAGGACUUCCAGGUCUUCCUGGGCGAAAAGGCCCCAAAGGAACCUCUGGUCUUGCAGGGCCAAAAGGCGAGUCUGGAGCAGUGGGAGCCAAGGGUGGAUCUGGUACUGCUGGUCAAAUGGGCCCUCCAGGACCCCUGGGUCCACCGGGUCUGCAAGGAGAAAGAGGCAGAAUUGGACCCACUGGUUCUUUGGGUAAACGUGGCACACCUGGCCAUGUUGGCAAACCUGGACCUCUGGGUCCCAUAGGAAUUCCCGGUAUGCCAGGAUUCCCUGGAAGUCCAGGAAUGAAGGGUGAAGCAGGACCUACAGGAGUAAGAGGGAGCCGAGGGCAGCAGGGACCCAGGGGCGAUGGUGGGCGAGCCGGAACACCUGGACCGACUGGACAGCGGGGUGCUGCAGGACCUGAUGGAGCCCCGGGGUCCCGCGGUUCCUCUGGUGUCGCAGGUCUACAGGGUCCACCAGGGUUGGUUGGCCCAGCUGGUCCCCCUGGCUCCCAGGGAACCACAGGAGCACCAGGACCAAAAGGCCAGCUGGGUGAUGUUGGACUUCCAGGAUUUAAAGGAGAAGCUGGGCAUAAAGGAGAAAGAGGUGACCAUGGUGUUCCAGGGCCCAUUGGUCCUUUGGGAGAGGAUGGAAAACGUGGACCACGAGGGGAUGCAGGAUCCAUUGGACCUCCAGGACCACAAGGGGAGAUGGGGCCACCAGGAAACAGAGGCUUUCCUGGUGCAGAUGGUUUACCAGGCCAAAAGGGAGCGCAGGGUGAAAGAGGGCUGCCAGGAUCGCCCGGCAUCAAAGGUUCACUGGGAGACCCAGGGCGCAACGGAGAGCCAGGUUUAACAGGAGCACGGGGUCUCUCAGGGCCAAUCGGUGCUCAGGGAGCAGAGGGAAGGCAGGGGCCAAUGGGCCUGGCAGGAGAGGAUGGCAAACCUGGCCCAGCUGGUUCUCCUGGAACAAGAGGUGGAGCUGGACCCAUGGGUCUGCCAGGACCAAAGGGCUUCCUAGGAGAUGCUGGAAAGGCUGGAGAAGCUGGAAGUCCUGGCGCGCCGGGUCAAAGGGGAGCAAAUGGAAAAGAUGGAGAGACAGGCGCUGCAGGUCCUCCUGGUCCAGCUGGUCCUGCAGGAAAGAGAGGAGAGCAGGGACCUCAAGGACAAAACGGUUUCCAGGGUUUGCCUGGACCAUCAGGUCCACCUGGAGAGGCAGGAAAACCGGGUGACGAGGGUCUUGCAGGUGAAGCCGGCCCUGUUGGAGAUACGGGUCCAAGAGGUGAAAGAGGCCCACCAGGAGAAAGAGGAGAAGCUGGACCCAAUGGGCUUCAGGGACCUAAAGGUAGUCCUGGAGCACCAGGAUCAGAUGGUCCCAAGGGUAACCCAGGUCCAAAGGGUGCUGCUGGAGAGCCAGGUGGCCCAGGACUUCAGGGGAUGCCAGGGGAGAGAGGUAUUUCAGGACCAUCAGGACCAAAGGGAGAUCCUGGCUCUGUUGGAGAAAAAGGACCUGAAGGAAAGGCAGGAGCUGACGGUGCCAGGGGACUUGCUGGUCCAGUUGGACCUGCUGGUCCCAGUGGACCAAAUGGAGAAAAGGGUGAAACAGGUCCACCAGGACCGACGGGACGCCGAGGCACCAGAGGAAUCCCUGGUUCCAGCGGUGAGCCCGGUCCAACUGGGGCAGUCGGCUUCCCUGGACCUUCUGGUCAAGAUGGUCAGCCUGGAGUCAAAGGUGAAACCGGAGAACCGGGACCUAAAGGAGAAUCAGGAGCUCCUGGACCCCAGGGGAUGGCUGGGAAAGCAGGUGAACAGGGGCCUGUUGGUGUGGCUGGGCUGAAAGGAGGAAGGGGAACACAAGGUCCAGCUGGGUCUCCUGGCUUUCCUGGACUGCCUGGAAAAGUUGGACCAGCAGGUUCAAUUGGGGCCACUGGAGCUGACGGGCCCCUAGGUGCUCCUGGAAAGAAGGGUCCUGCUGGAAUUCGAGGAGAAAAUGGCGCUCAAGGACGUCAGGGUGAGAAUGGAGCACCAGGACCAGCAGGAAGCCCUGGAGAGAAGGGUGGGCCAGGAGAGGAUGGACCCCCGGGUCCUGAUGGGCCUCCAGGCCCUGCUGGCACAACAGGACAGAGAGGCAUUGUGGGUCAGCCAGGGGUCCGAGGGGAGAGAGGCUCGGUGGGGCUGCCUGGUCCUGGUGGUCCACCCGGAAAACCAGGAGCUCCAGGUACUCAGGGGACCAAAGGUCCUCCUGGUGGGGUAGGUUUACCCGGAGCCACGGGGCCAAGAGGAGAUCCUGGUCCUGAGGGCAUAGCUGGAGCUGAGGGGUCUCCCGGUAAAGAUGGUCUUGUAGGAGAAAGGGGUGAUAGGGGUAGCCCAGGCCCAGAGGGUCUGCCUGGUGUGUUGGGGUCUCCAGGUAACGAGGGUCCGGUGGGAAUGACCGGCAGUCCAGGAGAAAGAGGAGAAAACGGUGCUAGAGGGUCCCCAGGACCCCAAGGGCAGCCUGGUGUACGAGGAAAAGCGGGCCCCCAAGGACCACAGGGAGAAAAAGGAGGAGCCGGAGACCCUGGCGAGAGGGGUCAGAAAGGACACAGAGGCUUCACGGGACUCCAGGGUCUUCCUGGAAUAACUGGCGCCACAGGAGACGCAGGAGCUCGUGGGAUCGUUGGACCAACUGGACAAAGGGGGCCUCCUGGAGUAGUGGGUCCCGCAGGAAAGGAGGGAAAUGCUGGCCAGCCGGGGCCAAUGGGAGCCCCAGGCAGCAGAGGAACUGAAGGAGACCUCGGAGCUCAGGGCCCACCUGGAGAACCCGGACCACCAGGUCCCCCAGGCCCCCCAGGACCUCCCACAGCAGCUGUAGAGGAGCUCUUUGCUGUCAAUUAUGAUGUCAAUGGCGAUGUUCCGGAAGCAGUAGAGCUUGGAGAGUACGAUGAAGCCGCCGAUCCUCCACCUCCCCCGGAGUUCAACAAAGACGAAGCUAGGCCCAAUACCAACGCCCUGCAUGCUGAUACAGGCGUCCGAGCCACACUGAAGACCCUCAGCGGUCACCUGCAGAACCUGCGCAGUCCUGAUGGCAGUGAGAUGAACCCUGCCAAGACCUGCCAGGACAUCAAGCAUUGUUAUCCUCAGAAAAAAAGCGGUGAAUACUGGCUGGAUCCAAAUCAAGGAAGCACUAAAGAUGCCAUCAGAGUUUUCUGCAACAUGGAAACCGGUGAAACUUGCAUCUCCGCCAAUCCGGCCAGCAUUCCAGGGAAAGUCUGGUGGACAAAAUCCAGCCCCAGCUUCAGUAAACCCAUCUGGUUUGGAGCUGAUAUGAAUGGUGGAACCAAGUUCCUCUAUGGCACAAAGGAGAAUCAGCCCAACGCUGUGGCCGUCCAGAUCAAGCUGCUGCAGCUUUUAUCCAAGGAGUCGUACCAGAACGUCACGUACCACUGCAGGAACAGCGUGGCCUUUAAAGACGAGAAGACCAGUAACCUGAAGAAAGCGCUCAUCCUCAGAGGAGCCAACGGACAAGAACUGCGGGCGCAGGGCAACAACCGGCUCAGAUACGUCGCCAUCGAGGACGGCUGCUCAACACCCGACGGAAAGUGGGGCAAGACAGUAAUCGAGUACAGAACACAGACAACCACCAGACUCCCUAUUGUGGACUUAGCUCCCAUGGACAUCGGAAUGGCUGAUCAAGAGUUUGGUCUGGACAUUGGCCCCGUGUGCUUCUCAUAAUAAAGAUGGACACACAGUCAGUUUAUUUUAAAAGGGUAUAAAAGUUACCUGUUUCCUCGCUGCCAUUCCUUGUUGGUGGUGAAAGAACGCUCAUGCUAUCUAUUCCAGUUUUCAGUAUCUGGAAAGGAAUCUUUUCCACAAAGCUGUAUAGAUGGAUUGUAAACUUGUGUAAACUAGAGGAGUAGUCAUUAAUGACAUUUUCACUUUUUUUUCUAGAUGUACAAGAAGAUGUUUGGAUAGUAGACGAGUGGGUUUAGAAUAGCUGAAGCUCUUUAUCUUAACAGAAUAACUAAUUAAAUUAUUAACGUCUUUGCAAAAAAGUCAUUUAGCAUCUCCUUAAAAAAACUGUAAAUGCAACACUUGAUUGUAAAUGGGAAAUUCUUACCUUUCUGUGAACAAAAUGCAACUUUUUCCACCACUAGAGGGAGACAAAGUAGUUUUCUUUCUGGCAGUAAACAGUGAUUUCACUAGAUAAUGGUGAAAAAGUUGAUUUGCUAAGUUGAACACAGUAAAUGUCUUAAGAUCUAUGUCGAAUUUAUGGAAUUUAAAACAAAUAAAUGACAAACAAAAUUCUGAUUUGGCGACACGGA